GGUAGCCGUAAAGCGUUGUGUUUUGGACUGGAGGAGGUCAUUAGAAAGUGAGGACGGGCCGGUUCUCGAGGCACAGACACCCGGUGCCAGCAUUUAUCUGAUGCCGGUGUAAGAUUAAAUACAUUAUUCUACCGCUCCGUGUAGUGUUUUAACCGCUUGCGAUAAUGCUUCGUCUGAUCCUGCGGCUCAGGCCGUCUGCCGGGCUCCGCUGUCCCCGUAACCUCCCGGCCGGGCCUGUCGCCCUCAGCUCCGGAUCUCUGAGGCGGCUCCACAGCGGAGCGACAUCCCGGGCCGUGUGUUUCGGCUCCGGCUUCAGCCACAGGGGGACUGUGCUGCGGUGUCCUCAGCUGACAGGCAGCUACCAGAGCCAGCGUUUCUACAGCCUGCCGCCUCACCAGAAGGUGGAGCUUCCUGCACUGUCACCCACCAUGCAGACCGGAACGAUCGCUCGCUGGGAGAAGAAGGAGGGAGAAAAAAUCAACGAGGGCGAACUUAUAGCUGAGGUGGAGACUGAUAAGGCCACUGUAGGUUUUGAGAUACUGGAGGAGUGCUAUCUGGCAAAGAUCCUGGUUCCUGAAGGGACCAGAGAUGUCAACAUCGGAGCUGUAAUCUGCAUUACGGUUGACGACCCUGACCUCAUCCCAGCCUUUAAGGACGUAACAUUGGAGUCACUUCAAGCAGCAGGUGCCGGUCCUUCACCAGUUGCCUCCGCUCCUGCUCCUCCUGCUGCUGCAGCUGCUGCUCCUCCUCCAGCUCCAGGCAGCUCCUACCCACCACACAUGAAGAUCACACUUCCUGCCCUCUCUCCCACCAUGACGAUGGGAACAGUGCAGCGCUGGGAGAAGAAGGUGGGAGAGAAGCUGAGCGAAGGAGAUCUGUUGGCUGAGAUCGAGACUGACAAGGCGACCAUCGGCUUCGAGGUGCAGGAGGAGGGAUAUUUGGCCAAAAUCAUGGUGCCAGAGGGAACUCGGGAUGUUCCCCUGGGUGUGCCGCUCUGCAUCAUUGUAGAGAGAGAAAGUGACAUUGCUGCCUUCAAGGAUUAUGUAGAGACUGGAGUGGCAGAGGUUUCUACACCACCUCCAGCACCAGCACCGGUUGCAGCUCCAGUUGCUGCAGCACCCAGCCCUGCUCCUGCAGCUGCAGCUGCAGCUCCAGCAGCUCCCAGAAAGGGUCGUGUGUUUGCCAGCCCACUCGCCAAGAAACUCGCUGCAGAGAAAGGAAUUGACCUGGCACAGGUCAGCGGCUCUGGUCCUGAUGGGCGCAUCACCAGGAAAGAUAUUGACGGCUUUGUUCCACCAAAGGCAGCACCUGCCGUCGCUGCAGCUCCCACGCCAGCUGCAGCUCCAGCUGCUCCUGCACCUGCUGCAGCUCCUGCUGCACCAGCUGGGACCUUCACAGACAUCCCUAUCAGCAACAUCCGCAAGGUCAUUGCUCAGAGGUUGAUGCAGUCCAAGCAAACCAUCCCCCACUAUUAUCUGUCUGUAGACGUCAACAUGGACCAAGUGAUCGAGCUUCGGAAAGAACUCAAUGCUGAGGUGAAAGCCCAGAAUAUCAAGCUUAGCGUGAAUGACUUCAUCAUCAAAGCCAGCGCUCUGGCCUGCCUCAAGGUCCCCGAGUGCAACUCCUCCUGGAUGGACACGGUCAUCCGCCAGAAUCAUGUGGUGGAUGUGAGUGUAGCAGUGAGCACAGCCAACGGUCUCAUCACGCCCAUAGUUUUUAACGCCCAUACCAAAGGGCUGGCCGCCAUCUGCUCCGAUGUGUCUGCUCUCGCUGGCAAAGCAAGAGAAGGCAAACUGCAGCCGCACGAGUUCCAGGGAGGUACAUUCACAAUCUCUAAUUUGGGGAUGUUUGGCAUCAAGAACUUCUCGGCGAUUAUCAACCCGCCUCAGGCCUGCAUCCUCGCUGUCGGGGGCUCAGAGAAACGGCUGAUGCCUGCUGAUAACGAGAAAGGGUUCGACGUAGCCAGCAUGAUGUCAGUGACGCUGAGCUGCGACCACCGGGUGGUGGACGGGGCGGUCGGCGCGCAGUGGCUCGCAGAGUUCCGCAAGUUCCUGGAGAAACCUGUCACCAUGCUGUUGUGAUUGGACUGUACUGCUGUUUAACUGCAUCAACAGGCAGAGGCCUCCCACUGAAGUGAUCUGAUUGGUCUAAAUCCGGUCUGGAUCCUCCUGUGAUUGGCCAGCCUGCCCACCAGGUCACUCCCAGUUACCCUGAAGGGAAAGAGGCAGAACUCACUCCGCUUACCUGUCUGUCUCGCUGUCUCUCCUGUCAGUUUUUCUCUCCGCUCGCUCUCUCUCUCUCUCUCUCUCUCACUCUCUCACUCAUACUCUAUUUAUUGAGGCCCGGUUUCAGGAGAGACCAGAAUUAGGUAUAAUUUAUCCUAGAUUAGAGACCGGUCAUACGUCACUAAAACAUUGAUAAUGUUUUACAAAGGGAAGUGUUACAUGUCCAACCAGCGAGCAUAUUUAUCCUGAAACUUAUGUGUGUUCCUGCACACUCUAAUCUGUGAUUUUGUGUGAAUGUGAUAAAGACAACGGAAAGUGCAGCUAUCUGUGGGUUCCAGUCUUUUGAAUUGUGAUUUUAGAGGAUGGAGCUAAAUGUAAGUUUUAAGACACACACAGUCCAGAUGUACACACACAAACCUGUCCCUGUUCCGUGGCCACACACACAUACACACACACACACACAAUUGAAACAUGAGGUGUGUUUUCUGUAUAUAUUCUUCACUGUGAGCAGUGCUGUAUAUAUAUGGUGGUGAGCUGUUUGGUUGGGAUAACAGAGCUCAUAUCAUUCAGGACUGUACAGAUAUGAAAUUAUAACAAAAACUCUUUAAAGAAGUAAUGAAAGGUUUUGCCAAUUUUCUCUCUUCAGUGGGGAUGCUUUUUUUCUAGUGUCAGAGUAAAACACUUUACCUUGGAAAUAUUCUGUAUUUCACUGCUGAAACGCACAAAGCUGGUGCUGGAUGUUAUAUGUUAUCUGAAUAAAUUGGGAGAAGUCAAUAUUUUGUGC